ACCCUCGUUUAUGGAAAAAACCAUCCUCGCUGGUGAGAGGCUGGGGUUUGCACCAAAUUCGCAUCAAUCGCAAGCUGCUCUCUUCUCGACACAAGUGUGAUGCGAAUUGUGGAGAAGAUCUGACUCUUAGACUUCCCUUUCCGAUGUCUUUCUUCUUCCAUGGGCACACGGCACCGAGGUAAAUCCAAAAGAAUGAAUCAAUUGUGAUUUGAUGGGCAUUUCAUCUGUAUCACGCCACCAUUCACCACGGGAAGGAGGGGUUCGUUCGUUUGUAUCGACUUGAAUUGAAUAGCAAAUGCAGGUGCUUGUCUUUGCGUCACCGCACCGACAUGAUCGAGGGAAGGGAAGUAUGGAGUAGAUUCUGGGGAGUUCGUUGCCGAGACCUUCUCGGAGCAGACCGCCUUUUCGGGGUAGAAUCCUGGAAGCUUUUGGUUGGAUCCGUAUCGCUCGCCAUAGGGCUGGCUGCCUCCUCUUGUUUGUCUCUACUUCUGAAGAACGAGCACCUAAAGUACCCUUUUCGUGCAGGCAAUUGUCGCUGGAACUGUGUCUGUCAUGGUGCAGGAGAUGCCAACACAAGGUGUAUGGCUAGACCUCACAAGCUGCAUUCAAUUAUGUGGAAUCGUUUGACUGUGGAAGCUGUCGGACUGUUCUCGACGUGAUCAACGGUCCCUGGAAUUGUAGAUCCCUCCA